AUGUCCAAGAAUCAGAACAACGCCUCCUUCUGGCUCAGUGUUCUUGAAGCAGCACAGAGACAGCAUGGACAGGACGGCGUCUUGGCCGUUUGGAAUGUCGUGCAGCAUCGCAAAACAUUAUACGAUGUGAAAAGCGAAGGAGUGGAGUCGUUUUGGAGAACCAUCUUGGAAGCUAUCCUCCCCAACGAGGACGAGCUUAAGGAUGCGUUUCUCUUCUCAGAAUGGUUACUUCGUGCUCACGCUGUGCAGUGGCCGUCGUUAUACACGACAACAAUAUCAUACUGUCUGCGCAACGGACAGUACCGCAGAGCGAUGCAGUGGCAUUUGCGCCUGAUGCCGAAUUUUGAUCCUGGGCGAGAAGAAUUCAGUGUUUUGCUGCAGAAGUUUGCCGUCACUGCUAAGGCCGAUUUGCAACAGACGUUGCAAACUAUCUAUGUCACAUCCCUACACCGCAGCCUAUACAAUGAGCUUAUACCCCUUCUCUAUCGCAGUGGCCGUUCCCAACAUUGCAACGAAUGGCGCAGUCUAUUUAUACGUCAACGCGACCUACCUCGCCCAACUCCCGACUCGCAGCCUUACUUAAGGUACCUCGCUCGAUACUUCCCAUCCAUCACUCUCGAGCUUGAGGAACAGAUGGUCUUGGGCCUGAACUCAUCAUCAUAUUGGAACGAACAGGACGACGCCCUCUGGGAUGCUAUGAAGGGCGCGCAGGGCGAUGAAGACGACGCCCCAGGGAGACGACACAGCGACACCCUGGGCGCAAGGUGGUUCGCAAGUUCUUGGAUACCGCUCGACUUCGCAAUCCAUGCUGCCCAUGCCUUGGGCGUGCGCCAAAUCGGCCCUUUAUCGUUGCAGUCAAUUGCGUUGCGCGAAUCUACGGCGCAUGGAGUCGUGGCCCGCAUUGAGCAAUUGCGAAAGGUUAACAUUGGCAUCGGAUGUUCAGUGUAUUCGCUGGUUCUCAAACGAUUUGCUGAGAACGAGGAUAACGAACUGCUGUAUGAACUGCUGCAUACAGACAUCCACCCAGACGUCUUCGAUGAUCCACUAAUAUUGGCGAGCAUUCGUGACAAAGCCUUGAAAGAGGGGGCCUGGAAAACGCAUCGGCUACUGCUUGCAAUUCAACCUGCCAUGGUCGAAGAGUCGGUUAACUCGACGUCGAACCUCUUACUGCAAGAAUGUGUCAAGCAUGGCCAACGCAGACAGGUCUUGGCUUUGCUAGACGACAUGAGGUCGAUGAACAUCGAUGUGUCAACAGCAACAGUACGACACAUUUGCUCGAGCGUCCUUGACAUACUACCAUGGAACCCAAGGACCACUGCCACGAACCGGGAUGCUUGGAACAUGGCUAUCGCCUGUAUUACGCGCCUGGUAUUGCUCAAAAAGCCUGUCCAUUCGCAUUACUGGCAAAAGAUCAUAUUUGGCCUUGGCAAGUUUGGCCGCAUUGGCGAGUUGGAGGACCUAUGCCUUGGCAUCAUCGACACUUACGGGAAGCUCUGCGCUUCGGAGGGUGGUCUCCUGCCCGUUCAUUACCUGGAUGUGCCACCUUCGGAUCUAGAUGGCCACUCCACCGACGUUCUUGUGCCGGCUGAUUUGUCUAUCACCCAUGAACACCACCCGGUGCGCCGGAUCUUCGACAAUCGCGCUUUGCACGCCGCAAUUGUUCGCUGGGGGUUCAAGGCAGGCUUCUCAAAAUGCAGCAGCAACUGGCGCAUGGUUUCUAUCAACUCAACAGCCACUUCAGAGUACUCCGUCGCUAGGGGUGUGCGGUUUCUGGCUAUACUUAACGAGCGGGGUAUCCCAUUCCGAGCCGCUGUCGUUCGAGAGGAGGUCAUCAGGUGCCUAGCUAGGGCAUAUUUACUACGGGAUAAGAGAGCAUCUCGUAACAAGGCUGACCUGCCACCUCUUGCAGCCAUGCACGAAUUGUUCAACAAAGCAGCUGGACGGGAUUUGCUUCCGGAAGUUCCCAUGCUGCAAGAUAUGAUGGAAGAAUAUCAAGGAAAGGCCACAUGA